UACGAAACAUGGAUCAACUCAGCAUACAAGACGACGCCGAUGCUCAAUGGCUUGCUGAGAGGGGUGUCCCAUCAUUCGAGGAACCCUUCCUCCANGAAUACCUUCAGGGCAGAGAUGCUCUCAUUGCCCAAGAAAAGAAGCAGCGUAGUGACCCUGUCCCCAAUGGCUCGCGAGGCCUGUGCCAUUGUCUCUGCCAUCAGGUUCGAGGAACAACAAACACUCUGGACCAAGGACUAUGAAGACAGCUUGGCCUCAGACUCCAAGGACAUCUAUCCUGGAAUGAUGUUCACCCUCGCUCGUCCCAAGAUUGAACAGUCCAAACUCUGGAAAAUUGUCAAGAAGAUGCCAAAGGGUACUCUCCUGCAUUGCCAUUUGGAAGCCAUGGUCGACAUGGAUUGGCUUACCCAGGAAGCUUGUUACAUGGAGGGUAUGCAUAUCAAAGCUGAUCAACCUCUCGACUCUGAGGAGGCUCAAGCCUCUGUACCUUUUGUCUUCAAGUGGCUGAAGAAUCGUUCUUCCGAAUCAUCUUCGAUAUGGGAUGCGUCGUAUGCUGUUGGCCAAUGGACCCCCAUAGAUACCGCUGCCGAUGCUUUCCCGCAUGGUGGUCGCAAAGGGUUUGAGAAGUGGCUCAAGGAGCGCAUCACCAUCACACAAGACGAGUCUAUACAGCACAUGCACGGCCCCAACGACAUCUGGCGCAAGUUCCAGUCCUGUUUCGGCAUCAUCUCCAGCUUGCUCCACUAUGAACCAACCUUCCGCGCCUUUCUACGCCGCAUGUUUGAAGACUUGGUCGAAGACGGCGUCCAAUACGUCGACAUCCGCAGCACCUUCCUCGACCCUUUCUACAAGGAAGGCUCUGAAGAGCCCGAGGCAAACAACGAACUCAUGAUCGACAUUCUCGACGAGGAGAUUGAAAAUUUCAAAGCUCUGGGCAAGGGCUUCUGGGGCGCGAGAUUGAUAUACACCACUCUCCGCAGCUUUGACUCGCGCAAAGUGAUUGAAAGCAUGCAAGAAUGCAUCGACAUGAAAAUCCUCUAUCCAGAACUAAUCUGCGGCUUCGACCUCGUGGGCCAAGAAGACCUCGGCCGCCCCCUCGCGGACCUCACCCCCGAACUCUUCUGGUUCAAAAAAGCAUGCGCCCAAAACAAAGUAGACAUUCCCUUCUAUUUCCACGCCGGCGAAACCCUCGGCGACGGCGAUGAAACGGACGAAAACCUGUUUGAUGCGAUUCUGCUCGGUACACGACGCAUCGGACAUGCGUUUUCGCUCUACAAACACCCUUUACUGUGUGACAUGGUCAAGGAGAAGAAAAUCCUCAUCGAAAGCUGUCCGAUCAGUAACGAAGUACUCCGUCUGACUGGCAGUAUCAUGUCACACCCUCUACCCGCUCUACUCGCCCGCGGCGUCCCCGCCACGGACACAGCGGCAUGA